CGAGCGUGUCGUCUUUGAAACGAGACACAGAAAUGUGAAAGAAACUUUAAUUUUCUAAAGUUUUAAACCUUCAGUGGGCAAAUAACUCCAACUAUACCGUGUACCGGGUGAUAAACAUCGGUAUUAGCUUCGUCUGUUCAGCUCCUCACACUGUUCUCUGCGGGUGAAGGUACUCAGAGUCGUCAGUUAUUAUGUCCAAGUCAACGAGAUUGGACCCGAAAGAAAAUAACCCGAAGAACCUGCCGAUCUAUCAGCACAAAGCCAAGCUGGUUCAGGCCGUCAAAGACAGCACUUUUCUGGUCAUCACCGGUGAGACUGGCAGCGGGAAAACCACACAACUUCCAAAGUACCUUCAUCAAGCUGGUUUUUGUAAAGAUGGCAAAAUUGGCAUCACCCAGCCCCGCAGAGUGGCUGCCAUCACUGUGGCCCAGAGGGUCGCCCAUGAGAUGCAAUGCACUCUGGGUAGAGAGGUUGGCUAUCAAGUGCGCUUUGAUGACUGCACAUCAGAGAGCACGAAGCUGAAGUACAUGACAGACGGCUGCCUGCUCCGAGAGAUCCUGGCUGACCCGAUCCUUCCUCAGUACAGCGUGGUCAUCUUGGAUGAAGUCCACGAGCGCAGCCUCAACACAGAUAUUCUCCUGGGUCUGUUGAAGAAAAGGUUUUCUAACCCCGCCAAAGCCCCCAAGGGCCGGGCUUCUCCUUUGAAGGUGGUGGUGAUGUCAGCCACCUUAGAAACUGACAAACUCUCCGCCUUUCUCGGCGACUGCCCCGUCUUUGCUAUUCCUGGGCGGAUGUUCCCUGUCACCAGCACAUUUGGUUUUGCUGUAGGACCUAAAGACUUUGAGAGCACUGGUUAUAUGAAAGAGGUGGUAAAAGUGGCCCUUGAUGUGCACACCAGUGAAAUGGCAGGGGAUAUUCUUGUAUUUUUGACAGGACAGUCAGAGAUUGAGCGCGCCUGCGACAUGUUGUAUGAAAAAGCUGAGUCUAUAGACUACCGCUACGAUGUGCAGGACCAAACCGUGGAGGGCCUUCUUAUUUUGCCCCUUUACGGAUCCAUGCCCACUGAUCAGCAGAGGCAGAUCUUUCAGCCUCCACCUCCUGGAAUCAGGAAGUGUGUAGUGGCAACUAACAUCGCAGCGACAUCUCUCACCAUCGAUGGCAUAAAGUACAUCAUUGACAGCGGGUUUGUGAAGCAGCUCAACCACAACUCACGGGUGGGCAUGGAUAUCUUGGAGGUGGUGCCGAUUUCAAAGAGCGAGGCUCAGCAGAGAGCAGGCCGAGCUGGAAGAACAUCAGCCGGGAAAUGCUUUCGAAUCUACAACAAGGAAUUCUGGGAGAAGUGCAUGCCUGAAUACACAGUGCCAGAAAUCCAGAGGACGAGUCUGACCGCAGUGAUUCUCACCCUCAAGUGCCUGGGUGUUCAUGAUGUCAUCAGGUUUCCUUAUCCGGAUUGUCCAGAGGAGAGGUUUAUUCUGGAGGCAUUAAAACAGCUCUACCAAUUUGAUGCCAUCGACAGGAGAGGCAGAGUGACCCGGCUGGGGGAGCUGAUGGUGGAGUUCCCCCUGCACCCCGGCCUCACCAGAGCCCUGCUCAAAGCCGCCUCGCUGGGCUGCCAGGACCUGCUGCUGCCUGUGGCCGCCAUGCUGUCUGUGGAGAACAUUUUCAUCAGGCCAGGCAACCCGGAGAAGCAGAAGGAGGCAGAUCAACAGCACAAAGCACUGGCUGCCAAGAGCGGCAGUAUGAACGACUUCGCCACUCUCCUCAUUGUGUUUCAGUCGUGUCAAUCCAGUGACAGACCGUCAGCGUGGUGUAAAGAUCAUUGGGUCCACUGGAGGGCGCUGAAGUCAGCCUUCAGUGUGGAGACUCAGUUGAGAGAUAUUCUCCUCCGGCUCCAAAAGAAGAGAGAUUUCCCUGAAGAAACAUUUGAGGGCAACAAGAGUGAACUCUUCAGACGAUGCCUGUGCUCAGGAUACUUCACCAACGUCGCCAGAAGGUCUAUUGGAAAGGUGUUCUGCACAAUGGACGGUCACGGAUCCAUGGUUCACAUUCAUCCAGCCUCAUCGCUGUUUGACCAGGAGGGUGAGCUGAACUGGAUUAUCUUCCACGAUGUGCUGGUGACCUCGCGGAUGUACGUCAGGACGGCGUGUCCUAUUCGAUACGAGUGGGUGAAGGACUUAUUACCUAAACUCCAUGAAGUGGACGUUUAUGAGCUGAGCAGUGUGGCGAGAGAAGAAGUGACUGAGGAGGAGAUGAAGAAAUGGGAGAGCAGGGAAGCAGCCAAAAGAACAGCAGAGGUUUCUACUGAGGACGUAAUGAAGAAGCUGGAAAAGCGAAACGACGAAACCGCUGUCGGCGAUGCUCGUGCACGCUACCUGCAGAGAAAGCAACAAAGACAACAAAAAUAAAGCUCUUUGACAGAAAGUUCUUUCUUUUUAGGCACAAGAUUCAUAUGAUGUAUCAAGAAGCAUUUUUGUAAAUGAUACCUGUAUAAUAAACAUUUGUUACAU